AUGAUUAGAGCAUAUGGACCAAACAUUAUGACAAGUCUACAAAUCAAUAGUUGCAUAACGAUGUUAAUCAAUCAAUUUGGAUUAAUCAAAUUCAAUCGAGAUCCAAGUCUUUUAUAUUCUGCUUGUUGUUCAGUAAAUAUGAUUGUUCAACUUUUAAAAGCCAACAAAAAUUACAUUCAACACUUUAAUAUUAAACAAUUAAUGGAACUAGAGAAUGUAAGUCAUGUCCUUGGAGAAAAGGACGACUCACCUCUACCAUUGGAUUUAGAUUUAUUAACAUUUCAACAAUAUUCAAGAGAUGCUAAAAAUGUAAUGAGAAUGGGAAAUGGAACCAAAGAUGUAAUCAUUGCUCUGACCAAAUGUUAUGAUAAAUAUGCCUAUACAAGACUAGAUUGGACAUUAGAUGAAAAGGAUAAUCAUGCACUUAAAUCAGUUUUACCUUCAAAUUUCUAUAUUUCGAUUAUUACAUUGUGGGUAGUGAUCUUCAACACUAGUACUUUUACUUUCAUCAAUGCUCAACUCUUAUCAAAUAAUGAAUUAAAUAGUGUUAUCUUUUUAAUUAGAUUAUAUGGAUCUACUAUAAGUGAAGAUGAAACAUCGAUUUGUGCAUCAAUGCCAUUUCAAUGUCAAAUAGUUAAUGGUGGUAAACAUAUUACUGAAAUAUUUUUUACAAAUACAGUUUAUACAGCACCAAGUAAUGUACCAGAUCCUGCAAUGAUUGGUUUACAAUUCCCAGAGUUAACUUCAAUGUUGAUUACUGCAGCAACCAAUCAACCUUUUAAUCCAGACAUUAAUUUGUUGACCAAGAUUGGCGGGCUUCCCAAACUGACUACUCUUUCAUUGGCCAGUGAUCCAUCGAUUGUUUCUAUUCCCAUUGGAUUCCUUGCUUCAUUUCCUAAAUUGAACACAUUGUCAUUUAGUUUACUUAAAAAUCUAACCGAUAUUGGCAGGUCCUUGGAUGGUAACCCAAGUAUCGCUACCAUAUCGAUUGUCAGUGGUCUAAUCUCUAAUGCAAUCAUAGAUUCAUCCCUAUCCCUACCCAAUUUGACCAAACUUACAUUGACAAUGUUUUCUAGUCAACCAUUACAUUUAUAUUUUAAUCAAGUCAAUUUUCCACUUUUAAAUGAUUUGAAAAUAUAUGGACAAGGUAGUGAAGGUAUAACAGUACAUGUUGACAAACCAGUUGAAAUGAUUUUAUCAGAGAUAACAGAUACUUCAUCAACUGGUUUUAUUAAUCCCACUAUAGCCUAUCCCCAAUCAGUCAAACAAUUAACAGUUGGAGGACCAUCUUUCCAAAUUAAUCCUGAUAUUACUCAAUUUAUAAAUUUAGAAUCAUUAACAAUUGAAUAUUUUGAAACACCACCAACAUUUACUUCAUACCCGCCAGCUCUUCAAAAUUUAAAAAUUGUGACAGGUAAAUUACAAUCUAUCCCAAAUGUUCCAUUCCCUGCCAAAGCUAAAAUUUUUAAUUUUGAUAGAAAUAUUUUAACUGGAUCAUUACCAACAAAUUUAUUUCAAAAUAAUCCAAAAACACUUCAAUUAAUUGUUGGUAAUAAUCUUGGUAUUGGUGGAUUAAUCCCAGAUGAAUAUUGUUCAAUUGCAAGUUUAAAUAUUAGAAAUACUUCAUUUACUGUUACAGAUAUACCGCCGUGUUUUUGGUGUUAUUCUCCUCAACCUGUACUUUCAACAACAUUGGUAAAACCUACUGACUUUGUUUGUGAUGUUAUAAUUGAUAAUUAUAAUGUAAAUUCUGUACAAGGGUUGUAUACAGUCAGUGGUGAUAGACUAGGUUGGGGUACAAAUGUUGUAGGAUUAGUAUCAGUUGAUCGUCCAAACAAACAAAUGACAUUUCAAAAUAAUAAUUAUGCAAAUGGAAUAUUAGAACAAAAUAUAACAAUUAGUUUUUUGGCAGGCAAUCCAAACUUUACAAAGACAAUUACAGUUACAGAAAUUGGAUUUAAUCCAUUAGAUAUUUCACUUUACAAUUUUAAUGUAAAUGAAUGGAUGGUGAACAUUACAUUUGAUUAUUUAAAUACAGAUUAUUUGCCAUCAAAUAUUUCAAUUAAUGGUCAACACUUGUGUUUACAAACAAAACAUAUCGAUAAAUCAAUGAGUUGUUUGGUUAAUAAUCUACCAAUUGGAAAUCAUACCAUUUUUAUUUCAAAUUCAUUUGUUACUACCAAUUCUUCAAUCAUUAUUUCAAAAGGUACAAUUGUUACAUCAAUAUCAUUGGAACCUUUAACAUACCCACCAAAUAACUUAAUUUUAAAUGGUUAUUUUGGUGAAAAUGUAAACGUUGGAGGAGGAAAUUAUGUUUCAAUUGUAAACAUCAACUCUACUGAAAGUUUUAAUUGUAGUAUAACACAAGCAACAUCUGAUUUUAUUAAAUGUCAAUUUGAUCAAACUCCAUUACCAGGACCAUCAUCUCUGUAUUUGGUUGUCGAAAAUGGAAAUUAUUCAUCCAAUUCUUUACUCUAUAUUCCAUAUCCAAUACCAUCAAAUAGUAUUGAUAAUUGUAUCAAUCGUACAAAUAAUUGUAAUAAUCAUGGUACCUGCGUUAAUGGACAAUGUGUUUGUGAUCAAGGUUAUUUUGAUGAUUGUAAAUUACAAGGAGUUAAUGUACCACCUCAAAUAGAAUUUAUAGAAAAUGAAAUCAAUCCAUCAGCAAUAUUUCAAUAUUUCAAUUAUUCAUUUGCAUUUAAUAUGAUGUCAAUUCAAGAAUUGGAUAUUGAUGAUCAAGUUGUAAUGGAAUUACCAUCGGUUAAUUGGACUAUGAUAGAAAAAUCAAAUAAUAAUGUUAAAACAUUGGAUUAUCGAUUGGUUGUACCAGAGUAUCCACAAUUGAUUUUACUAUCGACCAUUGAAUUUUCAAACUCUCCAAGAACCAUUGUUUUUGGUGGUGACAAUAUUGAAUUGGCUGGUGGGUCAAUCAAAAUGUCUGUCAAUAUAACCAAUUGGCCAUUCCAAAACCUCAUGUCUCAUCUUAGAAUAUUAUUUACAACAACCAUCAACAAUCAACAAGAUAUCGUUGGAUGUGAUGAUUCUAUCAACCCUAUAGAAUCGUUGGAGAAUUCAGCCAACGACGGUAAUCUACAAUACCUUAGAGUUGUACAAGAUGAUAUUCAAUUCUUUGGAAGGUUCUUAUCAUUUAGUGUAUCGGAUGGUAGAAAGACCUAUUCAAAAACAGAAGUCUCCAAUUUAACAAGAACCAAUGACAAGGAAUCAGUGGCAACCAUUGGUAUAAGUCUACCACAAGCCAAAAUAAUAUUAAUGGAUCCUGAUUUUAGUGCAUUAUUAAUUGACCGUUCAAGUUAUGGAUACGGUGAUUCAUGUGGUGGUGGCGAUGGAGAUGAAGACAAAAGUACACAAUGGAAAUUAAUUGUUGGUGUAGUGAUGGGUGUGGUUGGAGCAUCAAGUCUAAUCGUGCUCACCUAUAUCAUAGCUAAAAAACAAACAUCAUUUAAAAUAUUACAAAAUAGUGUUGGAACCAAACUUAGGCGAUUAACUUCAAAAAAUAAUAUUUAUUAUAAUUAA